AUGCGUCGCCCACAUUCUCAGACCAAGAAAAAGCAGCUUGACAGCCAGGAAAAAGAAAGAGCAAUUACUGCUGCUGUCAAUGCAUAUAAUAAUGAGCAGGACAAGCCAAAAGAAGAAUGGAGAAGCUUACAAAGGAUCUGUGAGGAUGUCAAAGAAGACUGGUUCACGAAACACAAGAAGCACAUUGUUGUUAACCACAACACAGUCUCCCAACGACUCAAAGGAGGUCAAAGCUGCCAUCAAAUCAAUAUGGAGACAAAGGCCUGGCUGAAGCCUGAAGAAGAGGACACGGUCAUUUUGUACUGCCUCAAUCUCACAAGCAGAGCAUUCCCACUGAACCACAAGACACUCAAGAUUUACGUGAAGUGCACAGGACAGUGUACAGAGAUCAAGUGA